CGCGAUUUAUCAGUGAAAAAACUCAAGUUCAAUAGAAAGCAGAAACUGAACAAACAAAAUUGUGUGCACUUAGGAAUUUUAAAACAAGUCUUAUUCCUUCGAAGAACUCGUGAUAAGUAUAUAGUCAGUUUGUAAUGAUGUGCUGUUUUAGUAGCUGAUUAUUCACGCAACAAAACCAAACUUGCGUUUUGAGUUGAACAGAGUGUUUUCAAGUUGCAUCCAGAGAGCAGAAGUGGCACUCAUAUCUUGUACCUUUCAGGGUCAUCCGGUGGUGUUCCUUUGCGUUUGGCACAAAUCUAAAUGUAAUGACGGUCAAAAGGUGAUAAGCCACUAUCAGACGAAAUUAUAGCGAUCUAGAACAUUGGUAUCAAUUUAUAUGCUCGGUUUAAUGGCUUUAAUAUGCCAAAAAGAAUGAAUGUAACGAUGACGUCACAUCAGUGUAACGUAACAGCAUAAAAGUGGAUGAACUGUAAAGUAACUGUAUAGUAGAAAGAUUUGCGUUGAAACCCACCUGCACCCAAGCAUCCGCUCAAAAAUGGAUACUUCAAGCGGAGCCUUUAUCAAAACUAUCGAAUGGGACAUGAUGGACAAAAAGAAAUUUUUCCCACUUUCAAUGCUGAGCUCCUUUUCGGUGCGAUGUGCAUUAUAUCCGCUGACGGUCAUCAAAACACAAUUACAGGUCCAGUACAAAAACGACAUCUAUAAAGGCAUGAUCGAUGCCGGAAUUAAAAUAUAUAAGAACGAAGGUUUUCCUGGACUCUAUCGUGGAUUCUGGAUUUCCUCAGUGCAAAUCGUGUCCGGGGUGUUCUACAUUAGCACAUACGAAGGAGUGCGGCACAUACUAAACCAACAUGGGGCUAGUCAACGAACGAAAUCUCUAGUCGCCGGUGGCUGUGCUUCACUGGUCGGUCAAACUAUCAUAGUUCCAUUUGACGUGAUAUCGCAGCAUGCGAUGGUCCUAGGUAUGGGAGCAGCGGUUGGCGCGAAAGGAGGAAGCUUAAAUCCACUAGGUAUUAAUUUCGACAAGCAAAGUAGUCGAAUACGAAUAACGGUGGAUAUUGCAAGGGAAAUCAUGCGGAGAGAUGGCUUCAAAGGUUUCUACCGGGGGUACACAGCCAGUUUAAUGGCUUAUGUGCCGAACUCAGCAAUGUGGUGGGCGUUUUAUCAUCUGUAUCAAGACGAAAUUUUGAAGGUUUGUCCACCGUGGGUGUCACAUCUGCUAGUACAGUGUGUGGCCGGCAGCUUAGGAGGUUUCACCACUACGAUUAUUACAAACCCACUGGAUAUUGUACGGGCUCGUCUACAAGUGCAGCGACUAGACUCAAUGCAAAUAGCCUUUCGCGAGCUGUGGCACGAGGAACAUUUCCACAUGUUCUUCAAAGGUCUCACCGCGCGGCUGGUACAAUCGGCCGCAUUCUCAUUUAGCAUUAUCUUAGGCUAUGAGACGAUCAAACGCGUCUCUGUGAACGAACAAUACAAACAUCUUAUAAAGUGGUGAUUUGGAAAUUGUGAUGCGCCAAUUUCGUGCAGUUCGAAUCUGUAUAGCAAGCUCAGGUUGAAAGACUGUAGCCUACAGAAUGAAAAAGAAAUAAUAUAAUGCCAAAAGACCUCGGCCGCUUGGCUUCUCUGCCUAAUCUGCGAGUCUUUAGUUUUAACCAGUUGUAAACAUAUGUAUCAUUAUUUGUACAAGCUAAUAAAUUAUCUGUAAAACUUGGUAGCAAAGUAAACAAUGUUAUUGAAUUGUUGGAAUUAGGUUUUUGGGCAACGAAAAAGUAGACCAAAGUUGCUUCCAAUGAGGCGUAUACAGAAAAGGAAAUGAUGAAAUAGUGCAAAAUAUUAUCCUAAUGUUUAUAAAACCAAAAUUUCAUAAAUCAGAACUAAGCAUAAUGUCAAACUUCGCAAACAAAUCGUACUGUCCAGUAUCAAUUGUUUUUGAAAUUUAACGUUAAUAACGACCAAUGUCUGUUUAUUUCACACCUGUUUAUAUCUCAUUGGCUCCUAAUAUUUUCAAAGUUAAAAUAAUAUGGAACCUAUUGUUACAUGUUAUUUAAAUUUCUACAGCUAUUGUUCAGUUUGAAACAACAAUACGACGAACAUAGCCAAUGCUCAGAUCGAUUUUGAAAUAUGCCUUUCAUGCACACUUGCGGUUGCCAACCUACUGGCCUGUAUUGUGGCACUUUGCAAUCACUUCGCAGGGACAAGACAGCUGCUGCAGCUUUAUUUACAAUAAUUACUCUCAAUGUUACCGCCACUGUCGUUUCUGUAAUGUUUUUAAGGUAAUUUAUUUCCGUGUGUUAUUUGUUUGGGUUCACAUUUUAUAAGCUAGCAAUUUGACAGCAUAUAGAAGAAGAUGUAUGACAUCCAACCCAUUGAACAAUAAGUAUAUGAAGUAUAAAUAAAACUGUCAAGUAUAUAUACUUGCUUUUAGAAGCACCAUUCGAAGAAAUAGUCAAUGUUUUCAUUCUCUGUACA